AUGGGUAUCUCAUUUGUGGGUAGGGUGACACCACAAAUGAAGAAGAGAUUAGACAUAGUACAAAGUGAGUCCAGAUUUUGUACAGUUUAUCCUGCAUCCACAAAUCAAUUUGAGGUACAAGAUGGGAGGUACAAGUUUGUAGUCAAUUUGGAGAAUAGUUAUUGUGAUUGUGGAGUGUGGGGUGCUACAGGACUACCUUGCAAACGUGGUGCAGCAUCAAUUAAUUUUAAGAGAAAAAAGAUAGAAAAUUACUGUGAUGAAUAUUUUCCAGUAGAAACAUAUCUAGAAGCACAUCAGACCAUGAUACACCCAUUACCAGAUGUAAGCCUCCUAUUGGAUGAUGAUAAUGAUGGCAAUCUUAUCUUGCAGCCCCCACCAUUGAGGAGGUUACCUGGUAGACCACACAAGAGUAGAAGAAAGGAACCCGGUGAACAAUCCUCUCAAGAUAUUAGGAAGUCCAAAAAAAGUAUCAGAUGUGAUUUCUGUAAGAAAAUAGGGCACAAUAGGAGGGGUUGUCAAAGAGCUCCAGUAGCUGAGAAGGGUUCUUCUUCUAGGAAGAGAUCAAGGUCCAAGGAUGAUGGUGUUGCUGCUAGCUGCUGCUGCUACUGUUGCUGUUAUGAUGGUGAUAGUACUGUUGCUGUUAUGAUGGUGGUGGUGCUGGUGCUGUUGUGGUGGUGA